AUGACAAGUUUGUGCCGGAGGCGUAUCAUCCAAGCUGAAGCACAGGUUGUGGUGCUUGUCGUGGUGCUGGAUGUCGAUGUUGUUGUUGAAGUGCUGCUGGUCGAGGUGGAUGUGCUGGUGGAACUGGAGGAUGUGCUGCUGGAGGUUGUUGAUGUGGUGGAGCUGGAGCUAGAUGUCGUGCUUGACGACGAGGUGCUUGUAGAUGUGCUGGUGCUGGAGGAUGUUGUGGACGAUGUUGUGGUGCUACUUGAUGUGCUCGUUGACGUGGUGCUGGAGCUUGUGGUUGAAGAGGAUGUCGAUGAGCUGGUUGUGCUGCUGGUGCUGGUGGAGCUUGUUGUUGUGCUGCUUGUGCUUGUGGAUGUGGAGGUUGUGCUGGUACUGCUGGAGGAUGUUGUGCUGCUCGACGAGCUCGUGCUGGACGUGCUAGAAGUGCUGGAGGUGGUUGAGCUGCUCGAAGUAGUUGAUGUGGAUGUGGUAGACGAGCUGCUGCUUGUAGACGUACUGGAAGAUGUGGACGAGCUUGUGGUGCUUGUCGUGGUGCUGGAUGUCGAUGUUGUUGUUGAAGUGCUGCUGGUCGAGGUGGAUGUGCUGGUGGAACUGGAGGAUGUGCUGCUGGAGGUUGUUGAUGUGGUGGAGCUGGAGCUAGAUGUCGUGCUUGACAACGAGGUGCUUGUAGAUGUGCUGGUGCUGGAGGAUGUUGUGGACGAUGUUGUGGUGCUACUUGAUGUGCUCGUUGACGUGGUGCUGGAGCUUGUGGUUGAAGAGGAUGUUGAUGAGCUGGUUGUGCUGCUGGUGCUGGUCGAGCUUGUUGUUGUGCUGCUUGUGCUUGUGGAUGUGGAGGUUGUGCUGGUACUGCUGGAGGAUGUUGUGCUGCUCGACGAGCUCGUGCUGGACGUGCUAGAAGUGCUGGAGGUGGUUGAGCUGCUCGAAGUAGUUGAUGUGGAUGUGGUAGACGAGCUGCUGCUUGUGGACGUACUGGAAGAUGUGGACGAGCUUGUGGUGCUUGUCGUGGUGCUGGAUGUCGAUGUUGUUGUUGAAGUGCUGCUGGUCGAGGUGGAUGUGCUGGUGGAACUGGAGGAUGUGCUGCUGGAGGUUGUUGAUGUGGUGGAGCUGGAGCUAGAUGUCGUGCUUGACGACGAGGUGCUUGUAGAUGUGCUGGUGCUGGAGGAUGUUGUGGACGAUGUUGUGGUGCUACUUGAUGUGCUCGUUGACGUGGUGCUGGAGCUUGUGGUUGAAGAGGAUGUUGAUGAGCUGGUUGUGCUGCUAGUGCUGGUGGAGCUUGUUGUUGUGCUGCUUGUGCUUGUGGAUGUGGAGGUUGUGCUGGUACUGCUGGAGGAUGUUGUGCUGCUCGACGAGCUUGUGCUGGACGUGCUGGAAGUGCUGGAGGUGGUUGAGCUGCUCGAAGUAGUGGAUGUGGAUGUGGUAGACGAGCUGCUGCUUGUGGACGUAGUGGAAGAUGUGGACGUGCUUGUUGUGCUUGUCGUGGUGCUGGAUGUCGAUGUUGUUGUUGACGUGCUGCUGGUCGAGGUGGAUGUGCUGGUGGAACUGGAGGAUGUGCUGCUGGAGGUUGUUGAUGUGGUAGAGCUGGAGCUAGACGUCGUGCUUGACGACGAGGUGCUUGUAGAUGUGCUGGUGCUGGAGGAUGUUGUGGACGAUGUUGUGGUGCUACUUGAUGUGCUCGUUGACGUGGUGCUGGAGCUUGUGGUUGAAGAGGAUGUUGAUGAGCUGGUUGUGCUGCUGGUGCUGGUCGAGCUUGUUGUUGUGCUGCUUGUGCUUGUGGAUGUGGAGGUUGUGCUGGUACUGCUGGAGGAUGUUGUGCUGCUCGACGAGCUCGUGCUGGACGUGCUAGAAGUGCUGGAGGUGGUUGAGCUGCUCGAAGUAGUUGAUGUGGAGGUGGUUGAGCUUGUGGUUGUGCUGGAUGUGCUCGAUGAUGUUGAUGACUGGCAUGUGCGGCAGACUGACGUUGUACUGGAAGUUGUUGAUGUGGAUGUGCUGCUGCUAGUGGUUGAGGAUGUGCUGCUGGUUGAAGUGGUGCUGGUCGUUGAAGUCGUGGACGAUGUGCUAGUGCUGCUAGACGUCGUAGUAGAGCUGCUGCUGCUUGUUGACGACGUGCUGGAAGACGAAGUGCUCGUGGACGAGCUUGAGCUGGAGGUAGUGCUUGUGGACGAGCUGGAUGUGGACGUGCUGCUUGUCGAAGAGCUGGACGUGGACGACGUGCUAGUCGAUGUUGUUGAGCUGGAGGUUGUGGAGGUGGAGCUGCUGCUGGUGGACGACGUGCUGGUUGUGCUGCUGCUGGUUGAGCUUGAUGAGGUCGAGGUACUACUGGAGCUUGUGCUGCUUGUGCUGGUGGAUGUUGUGGAUGAAGUACUGCUGCUUGUGGACGAGCUGCUUGUGGAAGAGCUGGAUGUGGAGGUGCUGCUUGUGCUGCUGGAUGAGGUGCUACUGGACGUCGUUGAGCUGGAGGUUGUGGAGGUGGAGCUGCUGCUGGUGGAUGACGUGCUUGUGGUGCUGCUGCUGGUUGAGCUUGAUGAGGUGGAGGUACUACUUGAGCUUGUGCUGCUUGUGCUGGUGGAUGUUGUGGUAGAAGUACUGCUGCUUGUGGACGAGCUGCUUGUGGACGAGCUGCUUGUGGACGUGCUGCUUGUGGACGUGCUGGAUGUGGAGGUGCUGCUUGUGCUGCUGGAUGAGGUGCUACUGGAUGUCGUUGAGCUAGAGGUUGUGGAGGUGCUGCUGCUGCUGGUGGAUGACGUGCUUGUGGUGCUGCUGCUGGUGGAGCUUGAUGAGGUGGAGGUACUACUGGAGCUUGUGCUGCUUGUGCUGGUGGAUGUUGUGGUGGAAGUGCUGCUGCUUGUGGACGAGCUGCUUGUGGAAGAGCUGGAUGUGGAGGUGCUGCUUGUGCUGCUGGAUGAGGUGCUACUGGAUGUCGUUGAGCUGGAGGUUGUGGAGGUGGAGCUGCUGCUGGUGGAUGACGUGCUUGUGGUGCUGCUGCUGGUUGAGCUUGAUGAGGUGGAGGUACUACUUGAGCUUGUGCUGCUUGUGCUGGUGGAUGUUGUGGUAGAAGUACUGCUGCUUGUGGACGAGCUGCUUGUGGACGAGCUGGAAGUGGACGUGCUGCUUGUGCUGCUGGAUGAUGUGGAAGUUGAGCUGCUGCUGGUGGAUGAAGUGCUGGUAGACGAACUAGAGGUUGAGCUAGUGCUUGUGGACGAGCUGCUUGUGGACGAGCUGCUUGUGGACGUGCUGCUUGUGGACGAGCUGGAUGUGGACGUGCUGCUUGUGCUGCUGGAUGAGGUGCUACUGGACGUCGUUGAGCUGGAGGUUGUGGAGGUGGAGCUGCUGCUGGUGGAUGACGUGCUUGUGGUGCUGCUGCUGGUUGAGCUUGAUGAGGUGGAGGUACUACUGGAGCUUGUGCUGCUUGUGCUCGUGGAUGUUGUGGUGGAAGUACUGCUGCUUGUGGACGAGCUGCUUGUGGACGAGCUGCUUGUGGACGAGCUGGAUGUGGACGUGCUGCUUGUGGACGAGCUGGAUGUGGACGUGCUGCUUGUGCUGCUGGAUGAGGUGCUACUGGACGUCGUAGAGCUGGAGGUUGUGGAGGUUGAGCUGCUGCUGGUGGACGAAGUGCUGGUUGUGCUGCUGCUGGUUGAGCUUGAUGAGGUCGAGGUACUACUUGAGCUUGUGCUGCUUGUGCUGGUGGAUGUUGUGGUGGAAGUACUGCUGCUUGUGGACGAGCUGCUUGUGGACGAGCUGGAUGUUGACGUGCUGCUUGUGCUGCUGGAUGAUGUUGAGGUCGAGCUGCUGCUGGUGGAUGAAGUGCUGGUAGACGAGCUAGAGGUAGAGGUAGUGCUUGUGGACGAGCUGCUUGUGGACGUGCUGCUUGUGCUGCUGGAUGAGGUGCUACUGGAUGUCGUUGAGCUAGAGGUUGUGGAGGUGGAGCUGCUGCUGGUGGAUGACGUGCUUGUGGUGCUGCUGCUGGUUGAGCUUGAUGAGGUGGAGGUACUACUUGAGCUUGUGCUGCUUGUGCUCGUGGAUGUUGUGGUGGAAGUACUGCUGCUCGUGGACGAGCUGCUUGUGGACGAGCUGGAUGUUGACGUGCUGCUUGUGCUGCUGGAUGAUGUUGAGGUCGAGCUGCUGCUGGUGGAUGAAGUGCUGGUAGACGAGCUAGAGGUAGAGGUAGUGCUUGUGGACGAGCUGCUUGUGCUGGAUGUGGACGUGCUGCUUGUGCUGCUGGAUGAGGUGCUACUGGACGUCGUUGAGCUGGAGGUCGUGGAGGUGGAGCUGCUGCUGGUGGAUGACGUGCUUGUGGUGCUGCUGCUGGUUGAGCUUGAUGAGGUGGAGGUACUACUUGAGCUUGUGCUGCUUGUGCUCGUGGAUGUUGUGGUGGAAGUACUGCUGCUCGUGGACGAGCUGCUUGUGGACGAGCUGGAUGUUGACGUGCUGCUUGUGCUGCUGGAUGAUGUUGAGGUCGAGCUGCUGCUGGUGGAUGAAGUGCUGGUAGACGAGCUAGAGGUUGAGGUAGUGCUUGUGGACGUGCUGCUUGUGGACGAGCUGCUUGUGGACGUGCUGCUUGUGCUGCUGGAUGAGGUACUCGUCGAUGUUGUUGAGCUGGAGGUUGUGGAGGUGGAGCUGCUGCUGGUGGAUGACGUGCUUGUGGUGCUGCUGCUGGUUGAGCUUGAUGAGGUGGAGGUACUACUUGAGCUUGUGCUGCUUGUGCUGGUGGAUGUUGUGGAUGAAGUACUGCUGCUUGUGGACGAGCUGCUUGUGGACGAGCUGGAUGUUGACGUGCUGCUUGUGCUGCUGGAUGACGUUGAGGUCGAGCUGCUGCUGGUGGAUGAAGUGCUGGUAGAUGAGCUAGAGGUUGAGGUAGUGCUUGUGGACGAGCUGCUUGUAGACGUGCUGCUUGUGGACGAGCUGCUUGUGGACGUGCUGCUUGUGCUGCUGGAUGAGGUGCUACUGGACGUGGUUGAGCUGGAGGUUGUGGAGGUGGAGCUGCUGCUUGUGGAUGACGUGCUUGUAGUGCUGCUGCUGGUUGAGCUUGAUGAGGUGGAGGUGCUACUUGAGCUUGUGCUGCUUGUGCUCGUGGAUGUUGUGGUGGAAGUACUGCUGCUCGUGGACGAGCUGCUUGUGGACGAGCUGGAUGUUGACGUGCUGCUUGUGCUGCUGGAUGAUGUUGAGGUCGAACUGCUGCUGGUGGAUGAAGUGCUGGUAGACGAGCUAGAGGUUGAGGUAGUGCUUGUGGACGAGCUGCUUGUGGACGAGCUGCUUGUGGACGAGCUGCUUGUGCUGCUGGAUGAGGUGCUACUGGAUGAGGUGCUACUGGAUGUUGAUGAGCUGGAGGUUGUGGAGGUCGAGCUGCUGCUGGUGGAUGACGUGCUUGUGGUGCUGCUGCUGGUUGAGCUUGAUGAAGUGGAGGUACUACUUGAGCUUGUGCUGCUUGUGCUGGUGGAUGUUGUGGUGGAAGUACUGCUGCUUGUGGACGAGCUGCUUGUCGAAGAGCUGGAUGUGGACGUGCUGCUUGUGCUGCUGGAUGAUGUUGAGGUCGAGCUGCUGCUGGUGGAUGAAGUGCUGGUAGACGAGCUAGAGGUUGAGCUAGUGCUUGUGGACGAGCUGCUUGUGGACGAGCUGGAUGUGGACGUGCUGCUUGUGCUGCUGGAUGAGGUGCUACUGGAUGUUGUUGAGCUGGAGGUUGUGGAGGUGGAGCUGCUGCUGGUGGACGACGUGCUUGUGGUGCUGCUGCUGGUUGAGCUUGAUGUGGUCGAGGUACUACUUGAGCUUGUGCUGCUUGAGCUUGUGGAUGUUGUGGUGGAAGUACUGCUGCUUGUGGACGAGCUGCUUGUGGAAGAGCUGGAUGUGGACGUGCUGCUUGUGCUGCUGGAUGAGGUGCUACUAGAUGUUGUUGAGCUGGAGGUUGUGGAGGUGGAGCUGCUGCUGGUGGACGACGUGCUUGUGGUGCUGCUGCUGGUUGAGCUUGAUGUGGUCGAGGUACUACUUGAGCUUGUGCUGCUUGAGCUUGUGGAUGUUGUGGUGGAAGUACUGCUGCUUGUGGACGAGCUGCUUGUGGAAGAGCUGGAUGUGGACGUGCUGCUUGUGCUGCUGGAUGAGGUGCUACUGGAUGUUGUUGAGCUGGAGGUUGUGGAGGUGGAGCUGCUGCUGGUGGAUGACGUGCUUGUGGUGCUGCUGCUGGUUGAGCUUGAUGAGGUGGAGGUACUACUUGAGCUUGUGCUGCUUGUGCUCGUGGAUGUUGUGGUGGAAGUACUGCUGCUUGUGGACGAGCUGCUUGUGGAAGAGCUGGAUGUGGAGGUGCUGCUUGUGCUGCUAGAUGAGGUGCUACUGGACGUCGUUGAGCUGGAGGUUGUGGAGGUGGAGCUGCUGCUGGUGGAUGACGUGCUUGUGGUGCUGCUGCUGGUUGAGCUUGAUGAGGUGGAGGUACUACUUGAGCUUGUGCUGCUUGUGCUCGUGGAUGUUGUGGUGGAAGUACUGCUGCUUGUGGACGAGCUGCUUGUGGAAGAGCUGGAUGUGGAGGUGCUGCUUGUGCUGCUAGAUGAGGUGCUACUGGACGUCGUUGAGCUGGAGGUUGUGGAGGUGGAGCUGCUGCUGGUCGAUGAGGUGCUUGUGGUGCUGCUGCUUGUGCUGCUGCUUGAUGUGCUUGUGGAGGACGUUGAUGUUGUACUGCUACUAGUGGAUGAUGUGCUCGUCGUGGUGGAAGAUGUUGUAGUGGAGGAGGAGGAGGUGGAGGUGCUGCUUGUGCUUGUAGUGCUGCUUGUGCUGGUCGAUGUUGAUGUGCUACUUGUUGUUGUUGUAGAGGUGCUUGUUGAGCUGGUCGUGGAUGUGCUGCUGCUCGUGCUGGAGCUGCUUGUAGAGGUAGAUGUGCUAGACGUAGUGGACGUGGAAGAUGUGCUUGUUGAUGUCGAGCUUGUGCUGCUUGUCGACGUGCUAGUUGAAGACGACGUGCUAGAAGAGGUGGAGGUAGAUGUGCUGCUAGUGCUUGACGUGGUCGUGCUGCUGGACGUGGUUGUCGUCGUCGAUGUGGACGUGCUUGAUGAGCUGGUUGAUGAGGUGCUAGUUGUGGAGCUGGAUGUAGAAGUCGAGCUUGAUGUUGUCGAGGUGCUGCUUGACGUUGACGUGCUGGUGCUGCUGCUGGUGGUCGAGCUUGUGGUUGUAGAGCUGGAGCUUGUGGUGCUGGAACUUGUGGAAGUUGUGCUGCUUGUGCUGCUUGAUGAGCUGGUUGAUGAGGUGCUAGUUGUCGAGCUGGAUGUGGAAGUCGAGCUUGAUGUUGUCGAGGUGCUGCUUGAUGUUGAUGUGCUGGUGCUGCUGCUUGUCGACGUGCUUGUGGUUGUAGAGCUGGAGCUUGUGGUGCUGGAACUUGUGGAAGUCGUGCUGCUUGUGCUGCUGGAUGUGCUGGAGGUUGACGUACUACUAGUAGAGCUGGAUGUGGAAGUCGAGCUUGAUGUUGUCGAGGUGCUGCUUGAUGUUGAUGUGCUGGUGCUGCUGCUUGUCGACGUGCUUGUGGUUGUAGAGCUGGAGCUUGUGGUGCUGGAACUUGUGGAAGUCGUGCUGCUUGUGCUGCUGGAUGUGCUGGAGGUAGAUGAAGUGGUGCUGGUUGUGCUACUGGAGCUUGAGGAUGUUGAUGAGGUGCUGCUUGAUGUGCUAGUAGACGUGCUUGAGCUGGUGGUGCUCGUGCUGCUGCUGGUGCUGGACGUGCUACUGCUGGACGUGCUAGUGCUGGACGUACUGGUGGAUGAGCUGCUGGUUGUCGUCGAGCUUGUGCUGCUGGAGGAGGUGCUGGUGGAGGAG